AUGGUCCUCGACCCCAAAUCCCUCGUCCCCGCAAAGCCCGCAAAGGAGCGCAUCUACGUGCGCCCACUGACACUAAAAGACCUCGACGCCGUCAUGACAGUCGAGACACAAGCCUUCGUGCCCGUGGAGCGCUGCACCCGGAAACAGUUCCACGCCCUCCUCUCAACCCCACCCACAUCCCACCCCCUCUCCCUCGGCAUCUUUGCCUCUACCUCUACAAGCCCGGGCACCGCACCCGCCGCCCACAACCCCACAGAACACCUCCUCGGCCACGCCAUCGCCUCCAAGAUCACCAGCUUGCGCAUCACCGACUCCUGCUACAGCACGUCCACAACGUCGCACACCACGGGCGCCACCAUCGCGCUGCACUCGCUCGCCAUCGUCCCCGCGUGCCAGCGGCGCACGCUCGGCACAACGCUGCUCGCAGAGUUCAUCGUAAACUGUCUCAAGGCCGCAGCGGGCGUGGUGGAGCGCAUUGCGAUCAUUGCACGGGAGGGGCUGGUGCGCUUUUAUGAGCGCUUUGGGUUUGUGUGUUACGGGCUGAGCAAUGUGGGCUUUGGCGGCGGCGGGUGGAGGGACCUGGUGCUGGAGUUGAGUAGGGGAGGAGGGUGGGGGUGGAGGGACCUGGUUGUGGAGUUUGAGAAGAGGGGCGGCGGGUGGGGGUGGAGGGAUUUGGUGCUGGAGUUUGAGAAGAGGGGACGGAAACAGGUGGUGAUGGCGGCGGGGUGUGGGGUGGGGUGGGCGGCGUGA